UGGGACCUGAAGGAGGCGCUCGUCCAGAGAAGGCUGGGACCUGAAGGAGGCGCUGAUCCAGAGAAGGCUGGGACCUGAAGUUAAACACACAUCCCUCCAGCACAGCUCCAUGUUUUUCUGGUUCGUGCACUUGCUCCUCCUGAGGCAUCCUCACUUUCUCCUCCUUAUGUUAGAACUUGUUGUCAACUCCGUUCCCUGUCUUGUCCGCGCUGGGAUGUAAACGCAAAGUUGUUUUUUGUCUGCUGCUGUUUGAAUCGAGCACAGGUAAACCAGUCUGUUUGAAGGCAUGUGAGUCAGCAAAGUAGAGCAAAGGGCUUUCUGACACAAAUCAUAAAGCGGUGAGGUGGGGAGAGUGUUCCUCCCCUGGCUUCAUAUGGCCCCUCUGCAUGCCUCCUCAGUCCAGGCAUGACUGUCACACCUACAAACCUCAGUGCUCAACCUGGUUCCUCCUCUUACAGCGACACAAGUCCCAGAUCCGGUGCAGUGCAGAUGGAUGAGGUCGAUGCCCUGCGUUUGAAGCUCUCCACUGAGGACUCGGCGUCUCUGGCUCCCUCCUUGGCUGAGCCCAUCAACCUAGAAGAUUCCCAUUAUGCUCUGCUGCGAGCCGACCUCGAGUCCGAUGCCCAGAACCUGGAGGUAGAGUCAUGGAGCCUGGGAGUGGACCAGAACUAUCAGAAGAACCUGAGCAAAGAGGCCAUCAAACGACAGGAUGUCAUCUAUGAGUUGAUCCAGACGGAGAUGCACCAUGUACGCACCUUAAAGAUCCUCCUCCAUGUCUACAUGCACGAGUUGAGGCAGUCUGCGCUGAUAGAGGAGUCUAGGCUGGAGCGGCUCUUCUUAGGGGUGGAAGCUCUGCUCUUCCACCAUCAGCGUUUCCUCAACCACCUUAAAAUGCACCAGAGUCAGAGCCAGGAGGAAGACAGUCCAAACAACUACCAGAUCACACAGCUGGGGGAUAUUCUUGUUUCACAGUUUUCAGGUGUAAUAGGAGAAGGAAUGAUGGAGUGUUACAGCGUGUUCUGCAGUCAUAGCAGUGAAGCCAUCAGCUUCUACAAAGACCAGCUACAGAACAACAAGAAGCUACAGAUCCUGAUAAGGAAAAUUGGUCAGCUGCCUCUGGUGAGAAGGUUGGGAAUCCCUGAGUGUUUCCUGUUGGUAACUCAGCGCAUCACAAAAUAUCCCCUCCUGGUGGAGAGAAUCAUCCAGAACACUGAAGAUGACACAGAAGAGCACCAGUCUCUGGUUAAGGGUUUGGCUCUGAUCAAAGAAACCCUCUUACAGGUGAAUGAUCAAGUCUGUGAAUAUGAGAAAGCUUCUCGCCUGAGAGAGAUCAGCCUUCGUCUGGAGCCCAAAUCUCAGGGCCGGCUGAAGGACGGUCAGCUGUUCCGCAGGGAGGAUCUGAUCCAAGGAGAGAGAACGCUGCUGCACGAAGGCACAGUAACGUGGAAGACGCCUGGUAAACAGAAAGAGAUCCAAGCUGUGCUGCUGUCAGACGUUCUCCUCCUCCUGCAGGAGAAAGAUCAGAAGCUUGUGUUUGCUGCUGUGGAAAACAAACCUGCAGUGAUCUCCCUUCAAAGGCUGAUAGUCAGGGAGGUGGCUCAUGAGGACAAAGCCAUGUACCUUAUCUGUGCGUGUACCACCAGCAUGCCGGAGAUGUACGAGAUUCACACAAGCUCCAGAGAGGAGUGCAUCACAUGGACAACGAUGAUACGGGAAGCUGUGAACCGGUACCCAGAAGAGGAGCUGUUUCGGGAGCUGACAGCCAGACUGCAGCAAUUUCAGGAUAUACUAAAGAUGAGAGACGACCAGAUAAGACAGAGUCUGACGGAGAAGCAGCAGAUCUUUGCUGCUCUAUACGAGACUCUGACCGAGCAGGAAACCCCCCACAAGGGUCUGCUGCUGCGAGGAGAUGCUUCUGACCUCCAGCAGGGGGAGACACUUCUCAAAGGAGCCAUAGCUGAAGUGGAAAACCUGCAGAACCUGCUUUUCUCCAGGAUUAGAGACCCAAACCUUCUGAUGAAUGAGAGGGAGACACAGGAGGGGCUGCCUCAGAGGAGGACUGAGACUGAUGGGGUGGAUGUAGAUAACCCUGAUGCAAGCCCCGUGACAAAUGGAGCUGCAGCUGAUAGUCCCGCUGACAGUGAGGACAGUCCAGGGGAGAACACUAACAACACUGGUGACCUCGAGAUGCAGGAAACAUAUGAUGAGAGUCUGGAACUGUCUGCUGAUGACGAGACAGAUUUGCAAAUCCGGGGUUUAACUUCCAAUCAUUUCCCUGAGGCAGAGCUGUGUGACCGAGUGAUUCUGCUAGCUCAAAGGCUCUACAGCUUACAGGCAGUAAUCUCCCAGCAAGACAGCCAGAUUGAGCUGCAGAAUGCGUUUCAAUCAAAGACCAAGCAGCCUGCUCGUCAUUACAACAGUGUGCUGCUGGAGCAAGAGAAGCAGCGAAACCUAGAAAAGCAGAAGGAGGAACUUAACAACUUGCAGAAGCUGCGGGUGCAGCACCGAGAUGAGCUGCAGCGCUGGGAGAAAGAUAAGGAGAGGCAGAGGAUUCAGAUCGAGACUCUGGAGGCUCAGCUGCAACAGAGAGCAGAGGAGUGCGCAAAGUGGGAGGAGGAGCUCAACAAGGAGAGGGCAGAGCUGGAGAAGCAGAGGGGAGACUAUCAGCAGGACCUGGAGAGACUGAGGGAGUCCACCAAAUCAGUCGACAAGGACAAGGAGCGUCUGAACCAGGAGAGAGAGCGUCUGGAGCAGCUGCAGGAAAAGAUAAAGAAGAUCAUCCCAAACCUGGGACAGUCCAACUAUGAUGAUCCUUCACAGUCCUGGAGUCUCUCUAGCUACCAAUCGUUCAGAGGAAGCAUCCUGAAUGGAGGAGGAGUGAGUUUUAGCGCGCCUAAAAAACUGCAGGUCCCCACCUCCUCAGACUCAAAUGACAUUCCUCCAAAGGUUCCACCGCGCAGAGAGAGCAUUAGCCCUCAGCCGGCCAAGCCUGAGCUCCCCAUCCAGCUGAUGAGCACCACCAACCAGGUGCACAAGCUUGCAGCCCUGCAGCAGCAGAUCCCCACCAAGCUGGCCACUUUGUCCAAGGGAAAGGAGAAAGUCUUCAAGACGAAGAGCUCCCACCACCGAGUCCACAGUGCAGCCUCCAUAGACGUGAACCAGGUGCUGCCCAUCCGAGUGACCGGAAGGGAUGGAGGAAGUAUGAGAUCCAAAAGGAACGCAAGUCCUCAGAAAACCCACCACUCAGGUGCCUCUAACCUGCAAGGAUCCGCCCACAGCAUGAAAACAACUCAGUCCUUCAGCACGCACAAGAGGAGCAGCAGCGAUGCUGCACCGCCCGCACCGCCUCCUUUCCCCAAAGACAUUCUCGCACCAGGCAAAGAGAAGGUGAUAUUUCUUUAAUACUUUACUACAGACUGGAGUUUGGAUGAGGACUGGUUCAUCAUAAAGACUUUUACACAUGGAAAGACUGACAGUGCUACUGAAGACUCUGGACUUGACUUCAUGCCGUUGGUUUGCGUCCUGUAUGAAGAGAAUUGAUGCUACUGUGGGGAUUAACCACUGGACACCAGCCGUCUAGGCUCACAUGAACUUUGGUACAAAAAAAGACUUUUGACGCAGAGGUUGCACAAAAAAUGUAAAUAGUUUGAUCUGUUUGUACAUUUGGAAAGAGAAUAGAUUGAAUGUAGAAGUUGCAAAAGGAAAAUACUUUGCCAAAGACUCAUGGGAAGUUAUUUUUAGCAUUUUUAUUUGAAAUGAAAGUAGGUUGUUUUUUAACCAUUUAGCACUCAUGUCUUAUCUCUUAUCUGUCUCUUUAAGUUUACAUCUGUUGAGAUGUGGGGUGCCAAGCACAGAGGUUUUAUUUGGAAUGAAUCCGACAGUUGUGUAAUGUGUUCUUUGGUCCUCACUGUGUUGUAAUUAAGUUAGAGAUUAAUGGCUAAUGGUUUGGCUGUUGAUAGUAAAUAUUAAGAUGACACUGCCUUUAAGUUAAUUUUAAUAUUAUUUCCAUACCUUUCUCUUGUAAUGACACAUUGACCACUUCACCUUUUGUUCCAUUUAAAAUUCCUCUCAAUCCAAACUUAUGGGUCUCAGAAUAAAAAGAGAAUUGACUUGACACUAA